AUUUGCAUACAGGACAACAGCUGGUAAGCUGAGGCGUGUGUGUGUGCGGACUGUGGACUUUCUCCUCUUCUGUCAGUAUUAGAAAGGCAAAGUAAUAUCAUGGCGAACAAGGUUCAGCACAGCACCAUCCACUGGUUCCGUAAGGGCCUUCGCUUUCACGACAACCCGUCGCUUCUACACGCUCUCCGUACCUCCCGCCACGUUUAUCCCGUCUAUGUGGUGGACCAGAACUGGAUGAAGGAACACGAUAUCCGCUACGGCGCUAACUGGUGGCGGUUCGUCAUACAGUGUCUUGAGGAGUUGGACACACGUCUCAGGAAGUACGGCCUGCGACUGUUCGUCGUACGCGGGAGCGCUGAAGACUUCUUCAAGGAACACUUCCGAAAGUGGAAGGUCACGCAGCUCACUCAUGAUGUGGACACGGAACCUUUCUACCGUAUACGGGACGUGGCGGUGAGAAAGAUUGCGUCAGACAUGGGGGUUGAAGUCGUGACUCAUGUGGCUCAUACGCUCUAUGACAUUGACAGGACUGUAGAACGGAAUGGAGGAACACCACCACUAACAUACAGGAAGUUUCUGAAGGUCUACAACGAGAUGGGCAAACCUCCCAAGGAAAAGGAAACAGCUACAACAGAGCACUUUGCCAACUGUACCCUACCCCCAGAGGCCCUGCAGGAUAAGAAGUUUGACAUGGUAACGUUAGAAGAGUUGGGGAUGAGGUGUGACUUUCCUGCCAAGUUUGUCGGAGGGGAAACAGAAGCACUGAGAAGACUAGAGAAAAGUCUGGAAGACAAGGACUGGGUCCUUAAGUUUGAGAAGCCCAAGACGUCCCCCAACUCCUUACUGCCCAGCACCACUGUCCUCAGUCCAUACAUAACAGUGGGAUGUCUGUCUGCACGGCUGUUCUAUCAUCAACUGGACAAGAUAUACUCAAAGGCCAAGAACCACUCCCAGCCUCCAGUGUCCCUGCAUGGUCAGCUGAUCUGGAGGGAGUUUUUCUACACGGCAGCGGCGCACACACCAAACUUUAACCAGAUGGAGGGCAACCGUGUCUGUCUGCAGAUCCCAUGGAACAAGAACGAUGAACAUCUCACCAGGUGGAGAAAUGCACAAACUGGCUUCCCUUGGAUUGAUGCUGCCAUGACCCAACUGCGCAAGGAGGGGUGGAUCCAUCACUUGGCACGGCAUGCUGUGGCAUGUUUCCUGACCAGAGGGGACCUGUGGAUCUCCUGGGAGGAGGGGAUGAAGGUAUUUGAGGAGCUUCUUCUGGAUGCAGACUGGAGCCUGAAUGCAGGAAACUGGAUGUGGCUGUCAGCCAGCGCCUUCUUCCACCAGUACUUCCGUGUCUACAGUCCCAUUGUCUUCGGCAAGAAGACCGACCCAAAGGGGACAUUCAUCAGGCACUACCUCCCAGUCCUGAAGAACUUCCCAAAGGAGUACAUCUACGAGCCGUGGAAAGCCCCACGUAACGUCCAGGAGAAGGCAGGGUGCAUCGUGGGUAAGGACUACCCCCGCCCCAUAGUGGACCACAAGGAAGCCAGCCAGCGGAACCUGGACAUCAUGAGGGAUGUUCGCAAGGAUCAGAAGGAGACGGCAUCAGUCACUCUGGGCUAUGGAAAGUAAAGUCCAGUCCAAAUAUGUGGAAAGUGGACCAAAUGGGGAGAUGAUGGCAAACAAUGGAACCUGACAAGAAAGUGUAAAGUCUUAAGACUUGUAAGUAUGAAAGGCAAGGACAGAAUUACAAGUUUGUUGCAUCCGUCAAAGAUGCAUGUUUCCUGGUCAGUUUGUUGUUUUUAAUGUAUUGUAGGAGUUACAAGUUCAAGUUCAAGUUACAAGUUAACUAUAGUAUGUUGGCUGUUCUGGUUUGAUCUAUGUUCUGGUCCAAACUGAACAGUUAAAUGCUGUUUUUAAGUAAUUUAGACACAUUGUUUGGUUCGAUUUUAGUGUACACUAUAGAAGCUGUUUUUAAAGAUUAAUGGACUCAUUUAUGGUCUUUAAGCCUUAUUUUCUGAGUUAAUACAUUGUCAAUUUUCUUGUUAUUGCACAGUGUUGUACAGGUACAGUACAGUAUAGUAUGUUACAUGUACCAUUUUUAUUGAACUUGUUGCAAAGCUAUCUUAAGCUAUUGACAGCUUUGCAGAUGUGUCAGAAAUAGUGAGUCCAAUAUUUGUUGUUCUAUUUGAGCAACAUAGCAAUUUGAACCUUUCUUAUGUUGGUAAUUUGUACAAUGCACAAUGUAUUACUACUACUAGUACUAUUUUGACUGUAUGCCUACUCAUAUUUCAAACUGACAGGACAGUCCAUUGUCACCGUUGUACUAGUUAGUAACACUAACUAGAAAGCAACAACACUGUUAUAUUUGUAUGUUGCUAGUAAUUAAUAUUAACUUAUCUGUGUAUUGAAGCACAGAAUUCUUUAAGCAUCAGUGGUCUACCUCACUUAUCAUUAAAACAAAGCUACAAGCGCACAAACAAGAUAGACUUGUUCUGAAUUUAUUUCCUUUCUUGUUGCCUUUCUAGUAUGAAUAUGAGCGAUGAUUUGACAAAUAAACUUGUUUGUCAUAGUGCCGACAUUGAUACUAAA